GUAGAUUCGAAAUUUUGACGUCGCAUGGCGCUACAGUUCUGACUCAUGGGCUUGCGUCCUAUUUGAAAUACCAUUUUCUGCAUUAUUUUUUGCACUCUGAAUUCAAUAAUAUUUCUUGAAAAUCGUAGAAAACUACGAAUCAAUAGUUUUUAUCUAAAGAGAAAAAAGUUUUCAAAGUACUACAAAAUGGAGAGCGCUGCAGCUUCGAUCUUGACGAGAGCUGUGAACAUGGAUAAGAACGAACAAUACACAAUGGCUCUUGUUCUAUACCAAGAAGGACUUCAAAUCCUCGUCGAUUCGAUGAAGGAUAUCAAAGAUCAGGUGAAAAAAAAACAUUUGCACGCGAGAGCUUCGCAAUACAUAGAAAGAGCUGAAAAAGUCAAAGCUCUCAUAGACGAAAGAAAAGCAGCGGGAAAGUACAGAGAGCAGACAAGAAUUGAAGCUGGGAGUAUCGGACAUGGAUAUGCGACACUUUUUGGAAGAUUUUUAGACGCUUCGGUCACCCAAAUUGACAUUGAAGAUCCUUACAUAAGAUCGUUUCAUCAGUGUCAAAAUUUGGUUCGUUUGUGCGAGCUCGCGGUGCAGAAAUGUCACUCUUUAUCAAGAGUAACGUUAAUAACGACUCUCGAUCCGGAUGAUCGGAAGAAUCAGACUAAACGAUUGGAAGAGCUGAGGCAGAGCUUGGCGAAUCGACUUGUAAAUCUAGAAAUUUCGUAUUCGGAAACUCUUCAUGAUCGUCAAAUAUCACUCAGCAACGGUUGGGUCAUAAAGAUUGGACGAGGUUUGGAUUACUUUAAAGCACCGGAUGGUAAAUUUGUCCUUGGAACGUGUGAUCUCGAGCUGAGGCCUUGUCACGAGACAACAAUUGACAUAUUUCACAAGAGCCAAUUGCAACAAAGCGUCAAAUGAAUCUGUAGGAUUAAUCACGAUGGGAAAAUAUUUAAAUUUGUUUUAUUACUUUGACUAUUUUAAGGGUUAAGAAGAAGAAAAAAUAAUCAUAUUGUUAGAUUUUAUUAACUGUAAAAAUAAUGACUGAACUGGUUGUAACUCAGGGCCAGUUGUAUGGCACAUCAAUAAGUUUCUCGAAAGCCCGGAAAUACAGUAUUUUGAUAAAAAAAAAAUCAGGUAAAUAUAUAUUUGAAAAAAUAUAAAUUUAAAUAUAAUUAACAAUGACUAUACAAGUGCAAUUUUAUGUAAUAAUUAUCAUGUCGAUCAUUACAGAGCUCCAAUGCGAUUGCAUUUUCGUACAAAAAUUAAAAUCUAUCUGUUUGAGUUUACUGGAUAAUAAUAAUAAUUUGGAAUGAGUAAUUAA